CUUAUUCAGUAUGCAGAAGAAGAAGAAAAGCCGGAAGCUAACCAGCGACGCCAAACGAAAGUCACACUAUCGCCCUUACCAACUCGCAUCGCUUUUCUGGCUUUGGAAUGACGUUUUUGUGUUAAUAGACAGCAAAUGCAUGGUAACCUCACAAAAUCAAUGAGCACAUUGUGUUUGAGCCGACACGAUUACUGCAUGGGACUAGCGCGAUGGAUCAGGAGCAACAAUUGAGAAACUUGCGUGAUUUUCUUCUGGUGUACAACCGCAUGACGGAGAUAUGCUUCCAACGCUGCUCGAGUAACUUCAACUACAGGAACCUCACCAUGGAUGAGGAGCGCUGCGUGGACGACUGCGCGGGGAAGCUGAUCCGCUCCAACCACCGCCUGAUGGGGACUUACGUGCAGCUGAUGCCCCGCAUGAUGCAGCGGCGGAUGGAGGAGAUUGAGACCAAGGCAGCCGAGAACGCCAAGGCGGCGGAAACAUCUUCUGCCGCCACGAUGACACCUCAGGAAUUGCAGUCGCCGCAGCCGUUGGUGACACCGACGGACACAUGAUGAAUGCUCUGCUGACAAGAACCCUCUGGAAUAGAACUGAACUUUGUCUGGGGAUUACUCAGAGACACUUUAAAUGGUGCCACUGUACCUAUUCCCAUUUCAAUAGGUUGUACAAGUUACAGGUGGAUAAAAUUUUGAAUUUGA